AUGUUCAAUCGAACUAUCAUAUUAUUAGAAGCAGAUAUCGAGCCAGUAUAUGCAUUUGACGGUCAGCCUCCAGAGUUGAAGAAACAAGAACUUGCCAAAAGAUAUUUAAAGAGGAAAGAUGCAACUAACGAUCUGAACACAACAAUUGAGACUGGUGAUUUGGAGGGAAUUGAAAAGUAUAACAAAAGGACUGUCAAGGCACCCUGUGAAGCAGAAGCUCAAUGCGUAGCUCUUUGCAAAAGUGACAAGGUGUUUGCGGUUGUCUCAGAAAACAUGGAUACUUUAACUUUUGGGGUACCAAGGUUUCUCCAUCAUUUAAUGUAUCCUAGUUCCAAAAAAAUCUCUGUGAUGGAAUUUGACGUUUCAAAGGUUCUUGAAGAACUAAGACUCACUAUGGAUCAGUUCAUUGAUUUGUGUAUUCUCUCCGGAUGUGAUUAUUGUGAUAACAUUAAAGGUGGGGAAAUUCGUGAGGCUUGA